GACGCCCCCAACCUGUGCAAGGGCCAGGUCAGCCCCAACCCAGCGAAACCAAGCGAGGAGACCCCUGUGCGGCCAUGACCUCCCUGUUGGGAGCUUACCCGUGGCCCGAGGGGCUUGAGUGCCCGGCCCUGGAAGCCGAGCUGUCGGAUGGGCUGUCCCCGCCGGCCGUCCCGCGCCCCCCGGGGGACAAGGGCUCCGAGAGCCGUAUCCGGCGACCCAUGAACGCCUUCAUGGUGUGGGCCAAGGACGAGAGGAAACGACUGGCGGUGCAGAACCCAGACCUGCACAACGCGGAGCUCAGCAAGAUGCUAGGAAAAUCGUGGAAGGCUCUGACGCUAUCCCAGAAGAGGCCCUAUGUGGAUGAGGCUGAGCGGCUGCGGGUGCAGCACAUGCAGGAUUAUCCCAACUACAAGUACCGACCCCGCAGGAAAAAACAGGUCAAGCGCCUCUGCAAGCGUGUGGACCCGGGCUUCCUCCUGAGCUCUCUCUCCCGCGACCAGAACACCCUGCCUGAGAAGAGGACUGGGAGCCGGGGCACUGUGGGUGAGAAGGAGGAGAGGGGUGAGUACUCCCCAGGUACCGCCCUGCCCAGCCUCAGGGGCUGCUACCACGAGGGGCCUGCUGGCAGCAGUGGCGGCACCACAGGCAGUAUGGACACCUACCCGUACGGGUUGCCUACACCCCCGGAAAUGUCUCCCCUGGACGUGCUGGAACCAGAGCAGACCUUCUUCUCCUCCCCCUGCCAGGAGGAGCAUGCUCACUCUCACCGCAUCCCACACCUGCCAGGGCCCCCAUACUCCCCAGAGUAUGCCCCUAGUCCCCUCCAUUGUAGUCACCCCAUGGGGUCUCUGGCCCUGGGCCAGUCCCCAGGAGUCUCUAUGAUACCCACUGUACCCGGCUGUCCCCCAUCUCCUGCUUACUACUCCCCUGCCACCUACCACCCUCUCCACUCCAACCUCCAUGCCCACCUGGGCCAGCUCUCGCCUCCUCCUGAGCACCCUGGCUUUGAUGCCCUGGAUCAGCUGAGCCAGGUAGAACUCCUGGAGGACAUGGAUCGCAAUGAGUUCGACCAGUAUUUGAACACUCCUGGCCACCCAGACUCUUCCUCAGGGGCUAUGCCCCUCAGUGGGCAUGCGCCGGUCUCCCAUAUAACACCAGCAGGCCCCACAGAGACCAGCCUCAUCUCCGUCCUGGCUGACGCCACAGCAACGUACUACAACAGCUACAGUGUGUCAUAGAGCCUGGAGGC